AUGCGUUCAUAUAUGAUCGCUCUAGUUCUUGUUGCAGCUAAUCUCCUAGCUGACGGCGGUUGUACACCAGCAACUAGCUACCCUGGGGUUGAGGGGGAAACGACACAAGAAACUCAACUGUUGCGGUGGAAUUCGGUUAACACAGGCAACGGAGAAGAAAGGGCCUUCAACUUUGACGCUUUAAAGAAGUUUAUUCCAGGAAGAAGUGCCUUCAAGAAAGCGAUGGAGCGCAAGGCGAUAAAGAAGGCACAAGAAGCAGCGAAAAGGGAGGUGUGGUUUAACAAGUUAAAGACUGAAACAUAUCAGUACAAGGAAGCGUUCCCAAAAUGGAAGCAAGAGCGUAAGUCACCAAGUGAUAUUGCACGAAUGUUCUCAACUGCGGGCAAGAAUAGUAAAGAAGCUGACGGGAUCGUCGCGAACUUUAAAACUUUUCUUGGGGAUGAUAAAACUCCAGUGUUGCCGCGCGAUUAA